AUGGCUUCCAAGGCUUUGCUUGUUCUUGUUAUAUUCUUGGCUUCUGCCCUUCUGAUUUCUUCCAAAGUUGCACCCAAAGACUUAAACGAGAAAUUUGACAAGAAUAAUGAUGACCUUGAUGUAAAUGGCAUAGAUGAAAGCAAAUAUUACCGAAGUGGUGGUUAUGGUGGUUCAUGGCGUGGUGGUUAUGGUGGAGGUUAUGGUGGUUAUUGUCGCUUUGGUUGCUGCCGUUGGAGCUACUAUGGAGGUUGUAGAAGAUGCUGCCAUUAUCCUGGUGAACAUGUUGAGGCUGAUACCGAUGCUGAACCUCACAACUAA